GCACGGCCGGGGCGGCGGCGGCGCCGGGAGAGCGGCCGGGGGAGGGAAGGAAAGAAGGACCGAGUGACGCGGGGCCGGGUCGGAGGAGCUGCGGCCGCGCCGGACCAGGAUGGAUCACCACCAGCCCGCCAGCCGCUACCAAGUGCUUCACAAUGAGGAUGACCCACCAGAAUCUUCAGCAGCUGAGCAGCCCUCGACGUCUGCAGAGACUACGCAGACUCCCCAGACAGCAGCCUUAUCUGAAGCAGAUACUUCCCCUCCACCUUACUGUAGCAUAGCUGUGGAAGCAGCUGCAGCUUCAGAAACACAAAAUGAAUUUUAUCCUGUACCACCUCCAUACAGUGUAGCUACCUCUCUUCCUACUUAUGAUGAAGCAGAGAAGGCCAAAGCUGCAGCAAUGGCAGCUGCUGCAGCAGAAGUUGCCCAACGACACGCCCAGUUUAGGGAAUCUAGGAGUCUGUUUGAUGAAAUAUUCCUCAGUCGUCCAGAGGAAGAAGAGUAUCCACCACGGGAUGAUUUCAGUGAUGCAGAUCAGCUUAGAGUGGGCAAUGAUGGCAUCUUCAUGUUGGCAUUUUUCAUGGCGUUUAUUUUCAACUGGAUUGGAUUUUGUUUAUCCUUCUGUAUAACAAAUACUAUAGCUGGAAGGUAUGGUGCAAUCUGUGGAUUUGGUCUCUCCCUGAUCAAAUGGAUUCUCAUUGUACGGUUUUCAGAUUAUUUUACUGGAUAUUUCAAUGGACAGUACUGGCUUUGGUGGAUAUUUCUUGUACUUGGACUCCUCUUGUUCUUUCGAGGCUUUGUUAAUUAUCUUAAAGUCAGAAAUAUGUCUGAAAGCAUGGCAGCUGCUCACAGAACAAGAUUUUUUUUCUUGUACUGAAGACAGCAUCGAACAGACAUUCCUUUCCAGUGCUGGUGUGAAACUUCCAGAUGAUGUGUAACCCUCCGAGUUAAUAAGACAGAAGACUACUAAAACAGGAAGACAAAUUAGUGAAGAUAUGGCUUUAAGAAUGAAUGACAGGAUGCUUUAUGCUCAAAUACCAGUUCUGGUCAUUCUAGUAAAUAUUUAUUAUUGCUGCCUUUUUUUUUUUUUAGCACAUUUGUAUAUGUGCUUAUUAAAAAGAUAAUAUUGAAGUAAGAACAAACUAUCUGUAAGUAUAGAUUAGGUACAGUCAGACUCAAUCUGUGCUUGUUGUGUCUGAAAGAUUUAAGUGGUAACUUGUUUCACAGCUUCUAUGUACCACUGACUUGGUGAUCUGAACUUUUGAGUACAAUGAAAUGCAUUAAAUGAUUCAGAUUAACCAGUUCAGACAAUUUUUUUUUAAUAUAAUUUAGAUUCAUCUAAUGAUUGUAUAGAACAUUUUUAAGUUUACUAAACCCCAAAGUUCCUUGUUGUCACAAACUUGUAUUCACCAGUAUUUUAUCAAAUUCAAAACAACAUACUGGUUUGCUUAAAAAUUAUAGGCUUUGAGUUCCCUGUAAAUAACUCUACAUAAAUGACUGUUGGAAUUGCUUCUUAGGAAAUAUGUCAAAAUAUAUUUUGAAACAGCAUAUUCUCUAAAUUUUGUUUAAUCUUAGAGCUAUAUACAUAUUUUUUGUUAAUUGGCUAUUAAGGGUAUAGUUAUUAUUAGAUGUAAUUUUGGAGGUUUGCAUUCUUGAGUUCAGUAUAAAUACAACAUCCACACUGAGGGCUUCUCAAAAAAAAAAUCAUAUCGCUGUCUUAUAAUGCUUGUUUAGAAUAAAUACUUUGUCAUUUCAUAAGAAUAAACUAGUUUAAAUGCAAGGUAAUUUGGGAAAUAAUCUAUGAGGGGAAAAAAUAUUUCAAAGCUCUGAAAGUAGAAAAUGUUUGUUGCACCUCUCCCAGUAUUCAUUUAAGGUAUACCAUUACUUUCUUAUAAAUAUCAUCUCUUUAAGGGGUACUGUCUACUGUUCAUGCAUGUGUGGUUUCUUUUAAAGUUUAUGAAAUUUAUGCGUCUCAUUAAGUAGAAGAAUACAUCUCUCAGUCCUUUGUACAACUGGAAUCUCAGUUGCAAAAAUGCAUUGGUUGUUGGUUGCACCUUUGAGGGGAAAAAAAAUACAAAUACUUUCCUGCAGUUUUUCUUUUUAUAUUAGAAUUCUACCUUUUUAUUACUAACAUUAAAGCCAGUGGGGUUUGUUGUGUUAAGCUAGUUCUGUAUUGACUUUUGUAUCUAUAAUGAAUGUUUAAAAUAUAUGUAUGUAAACUGGUCACAUUAUUUUCCUAAUCUUUCAGAGAUACAGAUAGUGACUAAAAUUUUAGGGGCACCUCUACUUCUCUAUGGAAAGAAGAGAGUUAAAUAUUAUGUUCAGCAUCCUAUUGGGAUUUCCUUCUAAACUUAUCUGUUUUUCUCUGUUACUUUGCAUCCACUGUCCAGAUGAAAAAAAAAUGGAUAAUAAAGCAUUGCUUUGUUUUGCUAAUUAA